AUGGGGAAAAAAUGGACAUACUGUGCUGUCUAUUCCAUCAUCCAGAUACAUUUUGUCAGGGGAGUAUUGGAAGAAACAUUCAAUGCAGAAGAAGACAUUUAUGCAUUCCCUGGUUCUGAUGUCAACCGGACCUGCCAAACACAGAAGAAAGGCUUCUUGGUGCAGAUGCAGUGGUCCAAGGUCACUGAUAAGUUGGACCUGAUUCCCCUUUAUCAUCCCCAACGUGGCUUUUACUGUGCCAGUGGGAGCCCCUGUGAGUCGCUGGUGGCUUUCAGAGAAGCUCCCAGGAAUGUGUCAAAGUAGACUCUGCAAUUAAGGAACAUGUCCUCCUUGCUCACUGGGAAGUGGAAGUAUGAGUGUAGCUUCACUCUGUACCCAGAGGGCAUUCAGACGAAAAUCUACAACCUACAGAUUCAGACAAAUGUUACACAGGAUGAAUGGAGAUGCAACCAUACAAUAGAAAUAGAGAUAAAUCAGACUCUGGAAAUACCGUGCUUUCAAAAUAUCUCCUUAGAAAUUUCAUCUGAGCUCACCUUCGCGUGGUUGGUGGAGGAUAAUGGGACUCAGGAAACACUUUCACCCAAUAUCACCCAAUUUCACCCCAUCAGCAAUUCCACGUUAUUUAAAGACAGAGUCAAGCCAGGUACAGACUACAGCCUCUACCUCUCUCCAGUCCAAAUCCAGGAUGAUGGCCGGAAGUUCUCUUGCCAGGUUGUAGUCAGGUCUGGCAAAAUCUUCAGGUGCUCCACCACGGUCAGGGUUUUUGGGAGGUCCCUCUGGGGCUGGGAUUCUAGUCCACACAGCAGGCUUAGCUGUUUUCAGCGGGAGGAGCUGGCAUGCCUGAAGGAGAGAGUGGUGGAGCGACUCUCCACAGACCUGGUUGUUCCUAGAAUAUUUACCUGCUCACUGCAGAAUGUAUUUCCCACAGCAAAUCUUACAUGGUUUAUAGAGAGAAGCUUCCCUCAAGGUGAAAGAGAAGGUAAGGAAAUCAGUCAAUGGAAAAAUACACAUACUAAUGAAAAGAGAAAAGACAAAGGAGGAUUUUGGGAACUGAAGUCUGUUUUGACAAGUGUGUAUGAUAAUAAACCAGCCCAAUCAAACAACCUAACCAUCUGGUGUAUGGCUCUGUCUCCGGUCCCUGGAAACAAAGUGUGGAAUAGCUCAUCCGAAAAGAUCACGUUUUCCUUGGGCUCAGUGAACCCUCCAACAGAUUCUCUGCUUGAUGCUACAGAAUCUACCCAUGGCACCCAGCCUUCUCCAGCCAACAGCAUAUCUCCUACAGGUUAUCCAGCUCCAUCUUCAACAGUCCUUGUAGAUGUGACUAUGUCGACUCCAAACGUCACCCCUCCAAGUGCUCAAACAAUUAACGACCUGACUACCCGAAGCUUCAACUACUCCUGGACCUCCAGUGGGAAAGACGCCAAAUACUCAGCUUCAUGGAUGCCCAGUGAAACGUACAUUUCAUCCCCCUCAAGGGCAGGUUUGACACUUCAUGGUGACACCUUCACCAGCAUAGCCAGAGCAUUUUCAGAAGUUCCCACAACUGCCAAUGGAUCUACUAAAAAUAAUCAUAUCCAUAUCACUGGUAUUGUGGUUAAUCAGUCCAAAGAUGGAAUGUCCUGGCCAGUGACUGUGGCAGCUUUGCUCUUUUCCUGCCUUGUAUUGUUUGGUCUUGGAGUGAGAAAAUAGGGUCAAUACCAAAAAGAAAUCGUGGAAAGACCUCCACCUUUCAAGCGGCCACCUCCCAUCAAGUACACCUACAUUCAAGAGUCCAUUGGAGGUGAUCUGCCUUGUCAUGAGCUGGAGACACUCUAG